AUGAUAACAAACUAAUUAUUUAACCCAUAAAUAGUUUCUUAAAAUAAUAAUUUUGGAAAGAAAGAAAAGAAAAUCUGCUGCUUAUAUCCACAUAGAGUCUUUGUGUGUUAUGAUUUAAUAAGAAAACUUCCUGUACCUCUAAAGGAGGUUCAUUAUUUUUUAAAAGUUAAUCCAGGCUUUUUAAUUGUAGAAUUACAAUAAACCUAUUCAACUUAAGGCUACAAUGAACCAAUAGAAUUAGAAUACUUAUUUUCAAUAAAUAAAAAUGCUGCCGUAACAAAAAUGAUAGUAGAAUUAGGAGAUUCAAAAGUAUAUGGAAUAGUCAAGGAGAAAGAAGAAGCAAAAAAGGAAUAUGAAGAAGGUUUAAAGUAAGGUAAAACGAUGGCUUAUAGUGAAAAAGAUGAAGAAUUUCCUGAAAUAAACAGAGUAAAGAUUGGAGCCCUUGCUCCAAAUAAAUAACUAAAAAUCACUUUUGAAUAUAUAUAACCUCUUGAAGUAUUCUUGAAUAAAUUUUGGAAAGUUGAAGUAUAUCCUAUGAUUGAUAAAAACUAUUUUAGCUAAGAGUAAUAAUAGAGAACUAAAAAUAUAUAUUAUGAAAGAUUGAACAGAUAUGUUUAACAGUAUGUAUUGAUUGAAAAAUUUGAAUUCAAUUUCAAGCAAAAUAUUAGUGUUUUAAUAGAUAUUGGUACUGCAAUCACUUAUUACAAAUGUCCAACCCACUCAAUUUUAAGUGGAAAUGCUAAAAAUGAAUAUGCAAAGUAGACAUUAGAAUUAGAGGAAAUAAAUCCUAAAAAGCUGAAUUUGAUGUUAGAGGAUACUCCAUCCAAUUUUAAUCCAACAAAAUAAUUUACAUUACUAUUAUCAAGUGAUGAUAUUAAUUUACCUAGAGCAUUUUUAAGUCAUACAAAUAUUGAUGCAUUAUUUACAUAAAAAUAUUGCGCUACAUUAACAUUUAUUCCAAAGUUUAAUUAAAUAACUUUAGAUGAUGCAUAUUCAUAAUAUUUAGAAGGAUAUAAUAGAGCUGAUGAUCAAGUAAUUAACAGAGGAAAUUAUGUAUUUUUCAUAGAUAGAAGUGGAUCUAUGAGCGGGAAAAGAAUUGAAAAAGCAAAAUAAUCAUUAAUUUUAUUUUUAAAAAGUUUACCAGAAGAUUGUACAUUCAACAUAAUUUCAUUUGGAACAACGUUUAGAUCAUUAUGGACUGAUUCUAAAAAAUAUUCUUAAGAUACUUUAGAAGAAGCUCUUAAGCAUGUCCAGAAUAUGAGUGCAAAUAUGUAAGGAACAGAAAUUCUUAGACCAUUAUAAGAAGUUAUAUAUAAUAAAUUUUAAGGGAAAUCAACAAAUACUACGCUGAAUAUUUUCUUACUUACAGAUGGAGAAGUUGAUGCCCCACCUAUAAUAGAAUUAGUGAAGUAAAAAAAUAAAGCAGAAACUAGAGUUUACACAAUUGGAAUAGGAGAGGGAUGCAGUUAAUAUUUAAUAAAACGUUUAGCAGAGGUUGGAAAUGGUAAAUAUUAAUUUGUUAGUGAUGAUGAAGAUAUUAAUGCAAAAGUAAUUGAUUUAUUAGAAGAUUCCUUAACUCCUUAUUUAAAUGCAUUUAAUUUAGAGUGUAAUGUCAAUAGUAUUGCUUAAAUAAUUCCUAAUCCAGAAUCAAUUGUUUGUUUAAAGAAGAAUUAAGAAUUAACUAUUUAAAUCUUAUUUUCUAUUGAUUAAUAGAAUGAUGAUUUAUAAUUCACUUUAAGUUGCUUUGAUCCAUAAGAUUAAAAACCAAUCAAAUAUACUGUUUCAUUAAAUUUAAAGAAUUCAUAAGAAAAUGAAUACUUUCAUAAAUUAGCUGCCUAUAAACUUAUCACUUUUUAUGAAAAUAGUCUUAAUUACGGGGAUAAUAAUUUAAAUUUUAUAAAGAUUGACAAAUAAACAAUUGAUGAGCAAGAUAUUAUAAAUACAUCAAUAACUCACUAGAUAUUAAGUACUAAAACAGCUUUUGUAUGUGAGGUUUGUGAAUUAGAAGAUCAAUUUAAAUAAUAGAUGAGAUAAAAAUUGUAUAUCACUUCAAAUAAACACAAUAAUGAAGAAGAUCAUAUUAAUUUAAUGGUAAAUCCCUAUAAUUGUUCAGGAGGAAUGAAAAGAGCUAAAUGUCAAAUGUCAAGAUAAAUUAAAUAUGAGAAACCAAUGUCACAAUUAAAUUAUAGAGGUACAGAUGUGAAAAUGAAAAAUUUAGAGGCAAACUAAGGUAAUUUAAGAUUAAAAAAAUAGGAAAAAGAACAAGUAAUAUAAGAAGUAUUUAGAUUAAGAAAAUAGAAAGAAGAACAAAUAUUAUAAGAANUAUUCCAAAGUUUAAUUAAAUAACUUUAGAUGAUGCAUAUUCAUAAUAUUUAGAAGGAUAUAAUAGAGCUGAUGAUCAAGUAAUUAACAGAGGAAAUUAUGUAUUUUUCAUAGAUAGAAGUGGAUCUAUGAGCGGGAAAAGAAUUGAAAAAGCAAAAUAAUCAUUAAUUUUAUUUUUAAAAAGUUUACCAGAAGAUUGUACAUUCAACAUAAUUUCAUUUGGAACAACGUUUAGAUCAUUAUGGACUGAUUCUAAAAAAUAUUCUUAAGAUACUUUAGAAGAAGCUCUUAAGCAUGUCCAGAAUAUGAGUGCAAAUAUGUAAGGAACAGAAAUUCUUAGACCAUUAUAAGAAGUUAUAUAUAAUAAAUUUUAAGGGAAAUCAACAAAUACUACGCUGAAUAUUUUCUUACUUACAGAUGGAGAAGUUGAUGCCCCACCUAUAAUAGAAUUAGUGAAGUAAAAAAAUAAAGCAGAAACUAGAGUUUACACAAUUGGAAUAGGAGAGGGAUGCAGUUAAUAUUUAAUAAAACGUUUAGCAGAGGUUGGAAAUGGUAAAUAUUAAUUUGUUAGUGAUGAUGAAGAUAUUAAUGCAAAAGUAAUUGAUUUAUUAGAAGAUUCCUUAACUCCUUAUUUAAAUGCAUUUAAUUUAGAGUGUAAUGUCAAUAGUAUUGCUUAAAUAAUUCCUAAUCCAGAAUCAAUUGUUUGUUUAAAGAAGAAUUAAGAAUUAACUAUUUAAAUCUUAUUUUCUAUUGAUUAAUAGAAUGAUGAUUUAUAAUUCACUUUAAGUUGCUUUGAUCCAUAAGAUUAAAAACCAAUCAAAUAUACUGUUUCAUUAAAUUUAAAGAAUUCAUAAGAAAAUGAAUACUUUCAUAAAUUAGCUGCCUAUAAACUUAUCACUUUUUAUGAAAAUAGUCUUAAUUACGGGGAUAAUAAUUUAAAUUUUAUAAAGAUUGACAAAUAAACAAUUGAUGAGCAAGAUAUUAUAAAUACAUCAAUAACUCACUAGAUAUUAAGUACUAAAACAGCUUUUGUAUGUGAGGUUUGUGAAUUAGAAGAUCAAUUUAAAUAAUAGAUGAGAUAAAAAUUGUAUAUCACUUCAAAUAAACACAAUAAUGAAGAAGAUCAUAUUAAUUUAAUGGUAAAUCCCUAUAAUUGUUCAGGAGGAAUGAAAAGAGCUAAAUGUCAAAUGUCAAGAUAAAUUAAAUAUGAGAAACCAAUGUCACAAUUAAAUUAUAGAGGUACAGAUGUGAAAAUGAAAAAUUUAGAGGCAAACUAAGGUAAUUUAAGAUUAAAAAAAUAGGAAAAAGAACAAGUAAUAUAAGAAGUAUUUAGAUUAAGAAAAUAGAAAGAAGAACAAAUAUUAUAAGAAGAAUUUAUAUUAAGAAAAUAGGAAGAAGAACUAAUAUUAUAAGAAGAAUUUAGAUUAAGAAAAUAGGAAGAAGAACAAAAAUUAUUAAGAUAAAAAUUAAGUUCAAGAGGAUAGUAAAAAAAUCAAAUAUUAUAAGAAAAAUAAAUGAAAGAACUAAUAUUAAGAGAAAAAGAGAAAUUAAGACGAGAAGUAGAAGAAUUAGAAUAAGAAAAAAAAGAAAGAUCUAGAGAUAGAGAUAGGUAAAAAAAAUGUCUUUUUGAGGAUGAAGAUGAAGAUGAAGAUGAAGAGUUUGUUGAAAAUAAGUUAAUAUAAAGUAAGGCCUAAUAAUAGAAGAUCUAGUUUAAUCAAAUUGAAUAUGAAGCAUUAAUAUAAUUUGCUUAAGCUAAUGGUUGUUUUUUGUAUGAUGAAAAAAUAGAAUAGCAAAUAAAUGUUGAAGGAUGGAAGAAUGAACAAAAUUAUCCUUAGAAUUUAUGGCUUACUUUAAUUGUUUUGCUAUAUUUAGAUAAGUUUUGUUCUUAAAAUAAAUAGUCUUGGUAGUUAAUACAUAAGAAGGGUGUGUAAUUCCUGUAGAAAAAUGGAUUAAAUUAUAAAUAGCUAAAAGAAUAAUACUUAAACAAAAAUUUAGAACAGAUUUGAAUUAAAUAGUGUGUGUGAAA